CUUACAUAUCCUGUUUCAUAGACGCUGGAUAGUCAUGCACGGAUUAAAUCAUUACAAAACUUACAAGAACGCGACAGCCUACCACCAUGGGCGUCUAUUCCGGAGGAUAAAUACAAUACGCGCAGGACCACACACCGACGUCAACGACACAUUACAUGGUCUCCUUUGUGCAAACGCUACUUCACCAACCAACGCCGGCCCUCUUCGGGAAUCGGACCGCGCAUCCUCAUCGGACCUACUCUCCUCCCUGCCGCCCCCACGGACCGGUCGGUCUGCCUGGAGGGGACCUGAUAUGGUCGCCCGCCGCAGCGAAUGGGAACUGCACCUAUCACCAGCGGAGAUAGCGGAGGUGGAGGCGGCAGUGGCCGCGCUAAUACAGCAGGCGGAGCAGGAGGUGGCGGCAGCUGCCGCCGGGGCCCAGCAGCAGGAGGAGGUCAGGCAGGAGGAGCAACAGCAGCAACCCCUGGAGCAGCGAUGGUGGUGCGGUCAGGUGGCGGAGGUGGUAUCUCCCGCGGUGGUUGCGGCAGUGCAGCGUCGGCUGGUGGCGCUGAGGCCGGAGCAGUUCCCGCUGCCCACCCUUGGACCUCGACUGCAGGCUCUUCGCUCCCACCUGCUUCACGGCCCUGGGUUCGCCCUGCUACGGCGCCUGCCCGUGGAGCGCUACUCGCCCCUGCAGUGCGCCGCCUCCUUCCUGGGUCUGGGUGCGCACCUGGGGUCCCCCCGCUCCCAGAACGCGCGGGGGCACCUGCUGGGCCACGUGGCGGACCUGGGCGCCAGCAGCGCAGCAAACCCGCACGUGCGCAUCUACCAGACGUGCGAGCGACAGACCUUCCACACGGACAGCUGCGAUGUGGUGGGGCUGCUGUGUCUGCGGGAGGCGCGCCAGGGGGGCGACUCGCUGCUGGUGAGCGCUGACACGCUGUUCAAUGAGCUGCGGUCCGCCUGCCCGCAGCUGCUGGCCCGGCUGCUGGCGCCCAUGCCGCAUGACAGGCGGGGGGAGGUGCCGGCAGGGGAGCGGCCCUUCUUCGAAAUACCCGUGUUCAGCUGGCACGCGGACCAGCUGACGGUGUUCUACCAGCGGCAGUACUUUGACAGCGCGCAGCGCUUCCCGGAAGCCAGGAGGCUGACGGAGGAGGACGUCGCCGCCCUCAACGCUCUAGACGCGCUGGCUGACGACCCGCGCCUGCACCUGCGCAUGCGGCUUGCGCCCGGGGACAUGCAGUGGGUGCACAACCACAACAUGCUGCACGACAGGACGGCGUUCACGGAGGGAGGCGGAGAGGAGGAGGAGGAGCAGGCUGAGCAGCAGCGGGAGCCGGGGAGGUGCGGGCGGCACCUGCUGCGGCUGUGGUUAGCUGUGCCUGGGGCGAGGGAGCUGCCGCCGGCAUUUGCUGCCAGGUACGGCUCCCUGACGGUGGGCGACCGGGGCGGUAUCGUGGUGCCGGGCCUGGUGGACUUCCAGGUGCCGCUGCUGCCCGAGUGAGCAGUGCAAAGGAAAGAAAGUAGCCAAC